UCGUUAAUUUCCGUAAGUCACGUGAUUCAGCGCACAAGGGAAAACUACGUCAACAAAUUCACAAUAUUUUGCGUUCAUUUUACUGAUUUUAAAAGAAAAAUGUCUGCUUCAGGAACAAGAGUGUAUGUCGGGAGAUUGCCUAACGAUGCAAGAGAUAAAGAUAUUGAAAAGUUUUUCAAGGGGUACGGCAAAUUGAGGGAAAUUUUGAUGAAGAAUGGCUACACAUUUGUGGAGUUUGAUGAUCCAAAGGAUGCUGAUGAUGCUGUGUAUGAAUUGAAUGGAAAAGAAAUGCUCGGUGAAAGGCUGAUCAUAGAACAUGCCAGGGCAUCAAGACAGGGAGGAGGAGGCUCUAGGGGUGGUGGAGACAGAUUUGGUGGCGGUGGAGACAGAUACGGUGGAGGUGGAGAUAGAUACGGCGGAGGUGGAGAUAGAUACGGUGGUGGUGGCGGAGGUCGAUUUGGUGGAGGUGGAGGAUACGGAGGAGGAGGAGGAGGUGGAGGCCGGUUCGGAGGUGGCAGAGACAGGUACGGGGACUCAGGAUUCAACAACCGACAACCAAGUGGUGGGGGCAGAUAUGGGCCACCCCAGAGAACUGACUACAGACUGAGAGUUGAAAACCUUUCAUCUAGAGCAAGCUGGCAGGAUCUGAAGGACCACAUGAGGACGGCUGGUGUCGAGGUUACCUUUGCUGAUGCCCACAAACAGAGGACUGGUGAAGGAGUGGUCGAGUUUUCAUCCGAGUCGGACAUGAUGCGUGCGAUCGACAAGAUGGACAAUACAGACAUCAACGGAAAGAAGAUCAAACUAGUAGAGGAAGGACGAGGAGGGCGUGGAGGUGGCAGUGGCGGUGGAAGCAGACGAAGCAGAACCCGAUCCCGCAGCCGAUCCAGGUCCCGUUCCAGGUCCCGCUCCAGGAACCGCUCCAGGUCUGACAGCCGAAGCUCCAGGAGCAGCCGAUCAAGCACGCCACCCAAGAAACGCUCCCGCACAAAGUCUGCCGAAGCUGAGGGGGGUGAUUGAGCGUAAUGCUUUGGGCUCCUGGGUGUACAGUUGGAUUCAUGUCAUCAGAGUUUUUCUACAGGCGCUCAGACUCUUUUUCUUUAUUAAAUCUGUGUGAUCAGGAACUUACUUGGUAUUCAAAGGCUUUGUUUUGCGUUGCUGAUUUCAUUAAUAUUUAUCCUUAUUUUUGUGUUUAUAAAACAAAAAUGUCUCUGUAAAUCAGAGCAAGCAGAUCUGUUCUUCUUUAUUAACUUGAAUGAGUGUGUAAAAAGGUUUGAUUUAAAAAGGAAGGGUUUCUUGCUGUAUUUAAGUUAAUUCAUACAAUAAAAACUUAGAGAAGUUAUUCCAUAUUAUGUAUAUAAAGUAACCUUAACCGACAGCAUCUAAGCAGUUAAUCUUGAGAACAAAUAAUACUGUUGUUCCUUGUUGUAUGUUUGUGGAAUCAUAGUCUGUUUAAUAAUGAUUUGUGUAUCUAUUGUUAUUGGGUAGUUAAUCUUGAAUGUACCUGUUAUAAUGAGACUUACAAAAAAAGAAUAAUAAUUAUAAAUUGUGGAGUGUAUUUUUGGCUAUUUCUUUAAAAUUGAACGACAUUUCAUUUAAAAAGAGUCAAGACAGGACAUUUAUGACAAGGCCGUAAUAAAAUCAAAUCAUUAAAUGAUAAAAGUUCCAAAAAUAGGUUUAAACAUUUUCAGUUUAUUUUUAUUAAUGCCUGUAGACUUGGAAUGUGGUAUGAAUAGUCUUGUUCUUAUUAUUAUGACUGUGCCAUUGUACAUUGAUAUUGUCUAAUGCUGUAAUGUACUGUUGUGCUAUUUUAUAAUGCAGUUUCUAUUGGAAUUUCUAUAUACAACAUCAAUUCAUACCAUUACUGCAUGUGCUGAACAAGUUUUUCAUCAUCAUCAUUCAUUCAAUUUCGUGAGAAAUACACAAAUGUUUUUAACAUGAAGAAUGAUAAUUGUAAAAUAAAAACAUCAUAUUUUACAA